GUGGGGGGGUUACUGCCGUGGAGCCCGAAGCUUGACGCGGGACGUUUCUGGUCUCGAGCACCGCGGUUUUACUCCAGCUGGCACGCGCACAAUGGUAGAAAUGAAUAUGGAAUGGUAACGAAGGACAACGCGAGAUGGGCAGGCGCUGAAAUCAGCUUUAACUUUCCCCCGUGGCGGCUCAGCUUCGAAAUGGAUGAGUUCCAUCCGUUCAUUGAGGCUCUGCUGCCCCAGGUUCGUGCCUUUGCUUACACAUGGUUCAACCUCCAGGCCAGGAAAAGGAAGUACUUCAAAAAACAUGAGAAGAGGAUGACUAAAGAAGAAGAGAGAGCUGUCAAAGAUGAACUGCUGGGGGAGAAGGCAGAGGUGAAACAGAAGUGGGCUAGUCGUCUUUUGGCUAAGCUAAGAAAGGACAUUAGACCUGAAUGCAGAGAGGACUUUGUCCUGUCAAUCACCGGGAAGAAAGCUGCCUGUUGUGUCUUGUCAAACCCUGACCAGAAAGGCAAAAUGAGACGCAUAGACUGUCUUCGACAAGCUGACAAGGUGUGGAGAUUAGACCUGGUGAUGGUUAUCCUUUUUAAAGGAAUCCCACUGGAAAGCACAGAUGGAGAACGGCUGGUGAAAGGAGGCCAGUGCUCCAAUCCAGUCCUCUGUGUCCAGCCUCGACAUAUCUCUGUCUCUGUCAAGGAGCUCGACCUCUACCUCGCUUACUAUGUUCAAGAGAGAGAGGCAGAUCAGAGCAGCAGUCCCAGUCGUACAGGUGUGGGUUCUGAUCAGGAGGACAGUCGAACUGCCACCAUGGAUGGUCCAGAGUUCCAGGAGAGUUUUGUGACAUCAGGAGUUUUUAGUGUUACUGAGCUUGUCCAGGUCUCAAGAACUCCAGUUGUAACAGGAGUAGGGCCUGGUUUCUCUGUGGGGGAGCUCCAAGGUCAUCUGGCCUAUGAUCUCAACCAGUCUGUUAACCAGCCAGUCAGUCUCAGACGAUCACUGGCCAGCACUUCAUCCAGCGGGAGUAAGCGUCAUAAGUCUGGCUCUAUAGAGGAGGAGGCUGAUAGCCCAGGUGGGGAGUAUUACCAUUCACCUUCCUCACCUGCGAGUAGCUCCAGGAACUGGACUGAUGAUAUGGAAGGAGGGCUAUCUCCUCCAGUGAAGAAGGCAGAGCUGGACAGUCCUUCUCCCCAGGAAGACUCACCAAGAAUGGGUUCCUUUACUCAGCACCACAGGCCAGUCAUAGCUGUUCACAGUGGUCUGUCUCGGAGUCCCCAUCCCUCCUCGUCUCUUCACUUCCCAUCUUCCUCCUACUUCCCACAUGGAGCUAUUCGUUAUCCUCCUCAUCUUGCCCAGGACCCCCUAAAAGAUUUGGUUUCAUUAGCCUGUGACCCUGCCAAUCAGACCCCCAGCUCACUGAAUGGGAGUAACCAGGUUAAAGUACCCAGUCACUACAUCUCAUCUCAAAUGUUGGCACCUCCUGGACCUGCACCCUCCCUGGCUAGUCCCCCAUCCUCCCUUUCCAGACCAACCCUUCCUACAGAGUCAAAAGCUACUACCACGUCUUCUGAUACAGGAACAAACUCCCCCACAUCACCCACAUACUCUGCCCCAGGGACCCCUCCAGCUAAUCGAUCAUCCUUCGUUGGAGUCACCCCUCGAGACCCAGGUGGACUCUACCAAGCUCAGUCUUGGUAUUUGGGCAACUGAAUGAACUCUGGAGGAAACGUGAUUGUCAUGACAGUGCAGUUCUGGGGGAAAAGAAACAUUGCCAGAGGAAAAUUACAUUCAUCUCUGGUCAUACAUACAUAUAUAUAAAUAUACUUUGCAAUAUAUUUAUAUAUGUGUAAAGAGACGUCCUGGAUGGAAGAAGGAUGCUGGUCUCAUUCAGCCAUUUUACAGACCUGGAAUGAACUAUGCUUAAUGACAUUACAUGUUUGUCACAAAUGGCAUCAUUUUCGCAGAAAAGUAACGACUUGGUGCAGAGGUCUGAUUAGUCCAGAUGAACUAGAGACCAGAACCAGGCAUCAACACAUCAGAUUCUCAGAAGCCUGUAACCUAACUGUGUACCCAGGAUGAAUCCUGUUUCCCUGGGAUGGAUGUCAGCCUUGACCCCUAUACUCGACACUAAGUCAACUACAAGGCCUAUAUAGACCUCAUCCCUCCUUCAACACCCAAAAUGCCCCUCUCUCCGCUGCAGGUGCUGCUUAUAAUAUAUGCAAAUAAGCCUCCUUUAAUUUCUGAACCGACUAGAAGAGAUCCUGUUGUUAAUACCUGUUUAUUUGCACUUUUUAACUGUUAUUGAUACGUCUGAAAAAAUUACAAGCUGAAACGCGCAGUUUAUUUCUCUCUUCCCAACAAAACACAGAGGCUUUGUCUUUUCUUUUAUUGACAAUCAUCCACCUGAAACCAUUAAGUUGCUUUGUUUUUAAGACUGUUUGAUUGUGCUUUUUGAUAGAAAACAAUGAGUAAUAGUAGAAUAUAAGAGCUAUAUCCAUGUCUCCUCCAACACAACACAGUGCUACAGUUGGAGGCCCAAUUUUAUUAUCCCAUAUUAGAGGGCACGAGUGGGCCAUGACCUUAAUUUCAAAAGUACAGUGUUUUGACAUUGACAUGAAAUUCAGUGUCAGUAGAAUUAUAAAAAGGCAAAUACAGACCCGGAUCAUGUGGCAGCACAGCCAGCAAUAUACUGGCUGCUGAAUGUGGAUGAACUAUAGCUUGGUGGUGUGUGUGUGUGUGUGUGUG